AUGGAAUUUGAAAACGUACUAUUGAUGUUUAGUAAUGAAGAUAAGCAAAUUUUAUAUAAAAUUUUAGAUGAAGAAUCUGCAAAUAAAGCAAAUCAGAAUAAAUGCACAUAUUGUGAUAAAUCUUGGAAUAUAGAAGAUAAUACAUUUCAUAUGACAAAGAAUCAAGUAAAAAGAUUGAGGGCAAUUGAGAAGAAUGAUAUAAUAGAAUCGCAUGGGGAUGUGUUUACAGAAAAAGUCAUGAUACUUAAAACAAAAAUGAGUAUUUUAUGCGAAAACAAUCGUAUAAGUAAAUAUUUCAUUAAUGCAGAUGACGGGUGUUGGAAGCAUUCAAUAAAAAGCAAUGAAAAAGGUCCUACAGGACCUACGAUUAAAUUAAAAGACACUCUUAAAUUUCUGGGGGAAAUACUUAAAAGUGAAGAUUUUGAUAGAGAUGAAAUGAAAUGA